CUCUCUCUCUCUCUCUCUCUCGUUUUUUUGUUUUCCUUGGAUAUUGGAGGGGGCAUAGGAUCCUUGUAUACUUUUUCAAGUUUUGGCCUGUAUUAUACUUAGGAUUGUUAUUUGUUGUUGGGUUUACAUCUGAGUUCUGAAGGAUUUUGAAGACAUGGAUGACGAAUAUGCUAAGCUUAUUAGAAGGAUGAACCCACCAAGUUAAAGUAGCAUAUUUUCUAAUGGUUGGUGAGCAGAAAAUAAGCUACUUUAACUUGCUUUUCGUUUCUUUUUGGCUUCCAUCUUCCCCCAAUUUUCUUGGCAACCCAACAGAGCCUCCUGAUUCCUAACCCUUUCUUCAAAUUAAGGAUCAUAGAGUUGUGAUUGACAAUGAUGCUUGUGAAGAUGCCACUGUUAUCCAGGUUGACAGUGUUAACAAGCAUGGAAUACUUCUUGAAGUCGUACAAGUGCUUACUGACAUGAACCUGGUAAUAACAAAAGCAUAUAUAUCAUCUGAUGGAGUAUGGUUUAUGGAUGUGUUUAAUGUGAUCGACCAAGAUGGUAAAAAAAUCAGGGACAGGGAAGUCAUCGGAUAUAUUCAAAGAAGACUGGAAAGCAAUGCGAGCUGUUUUCUCUCAUUAAGAGGAUCGGUAGGGGUGAUGCCUUCUGAAGAGCAUACCUCAAUUGAACUCACUGGUACUGAUAGGCCGGGCUUAUUGUCUGAAGUAUGUGCAGUUCUGAGUGACCUUCAUUGCAAUGUGGUAAAUGCUGAGAUAUGGACCCAUAAUGCUAGGGCUGCAGCUGUAGUUCAUGUCACAGAUGAUUCUACUGGGUGUGCAAUUGAAGAUCCAAAGAGACUCACAACGAUAAAGGAAUUGCUUUGCAUUGUUCUCAAAGGAAAUAAUGAUUUGAAGGCAGCAAAAAUGACUCUUUCACCUCCUGGGAUAACUAGUAGGGAGAGAAGAUUGCAUCAGAUCAUGUUUGCUGAUAGGGACUAUGAAAGGAUUGAAAGGGCUGGAUUAGUGAGGCAUAAGGAUGAGAGCUCAAGACCCCAUGUUACUGUAUUGAACAUUGAGAAAGAUUACUCUGUGAUUACUAUGAGGGCCAAGGAUCGCCCUAAACUGUUGUUUGACAUUGUUUGCACUUUAACAGACAUGGAGUAUGUAGUGUUUCAUGGAAUGGUCAACACAGGAAGGAUGGAAGCUUAUCAGGAAUUCUACAUUCGACAUAUCGAUGGACUCCCUAUAAGCUCAGAUGCUGAGCAAGAGCGUGUCAUUCAGUGUCUUGAAGCUGCCAUUGAAAGGCGAGCAUCUGAGGGCCUUGAGCUAGAAUUAUGCACAGAGGAUCGUGUUGGACUUCUAUCAGACAUUACCAGAGUAUUCAGAGAAAACAGUUUAUGUAUCAGGAGGGCAGAAAUCUCAACAAAAGGUGGUAAAGCCAAAGACACAUUCUAUGUCACAGACGUGACAGGUAACCCAGUUGACCCCAAGAUUAUCGACUCUAUUUGCCAACAGGUUGGGCAAACCAAGCUGCAGGUGAAACAUAACUCAACUCUUUUACCAAAGCCUCCACAAGAAACAACCAUGGGGUAUCUAUUCGGGAACCUCUUCAAAGCAUGAACAUUCCAGAAUUUAAAGUUGAUCGGAUCCUACUCAAUUUUCUGUGUGUAAAUUCUCAUCAGAGUAUAUUUGUACAGGAAUAUUAGAUGUAUAAACUCCAGAAAAAAACUUAGGCAUCAAGAAGACAAAAUGUUAGUUAACACUGGAGUGCCCCUCUAUAGAUGUACAGUGUGAUUGCACAGGGGUUGUACAAAAGCUAUUAGUUUGUACAGAUAAUUGAGGUCACUGGGAAAAAUUAGUUUGAAUAUUAAAAUAAUAUACAAGUUUGUAUCUUUUUAUGUUCUAA